UUGUUUUUCCCUUCGCUAACAACACAUCAAUUCCAAGUCUUUAAUGGCUACACGGACCUCACCCAUUUCCAUUUCCACGUUACACAAAACCAAAAAAAAAGCCAUAUUCCUCUGUUUCUCCAACAUAAUUCUCCCAUUGCACCCGCAUUCCUGAACCCUACACUUGUCGGCUUUCGUCCACGUGGUGGGGUGGUUUGGAGAUGUAUUUUAGAGCAGGAGUAGAGGAUGGGGAUCUCGUGAGUGUGCUACGUGUUGGAAAGUUGAUGCUUGAUGUGGAGUAGCGAAGGGCGCAAUGAUGUGGAGAAGAAAUGGUUGUUGAGAAAUGGAAUAUAAAGAAUGGAGUGGUCAAGUUGCUGCAGGCUGAACCUUGGUGGCGGCGGCUGUGGUGGUGGUGGCGGCGGCUGGAAUUUAAAGAAGAAAGGGUGGUUGGUUGGUUUUGUUAGUGUUUGGAAAUGAAGGAUGGAAACCGAGCUCUGACGAACGGUGGUUCUUGUAGAUCUUCCAGAUUUUCCUCUCUUUUGGCUUCUGGAGAUCGCGAUUAUCUUCUAUCACCCACCGGAGCUCAGGUUAAAGUAUCCAAUCUCGACGGCAAGGUUUUGGGCCUUUACUUCUCUGCCAACUGGUACCCACCGUGCCGGAACUUCAACCAGAUUCUUGUCCGAACCUACGAGAAGCUUCAAGAUAAUGGAUCAAAUUUUGAAGUGGUUUAUGUAUCCUCCGAUGAGGAUUCCGACGCUUUCAAUGAGUAUCGUGCGAGUAUGCCGUGGCCGGCGAUUCCAUUCUCCGAUUUAGAAACUAAGAUUGCUUUAAAUAGGAAAUUUGGAAUUGAAGGGAUUCCGUGUUUGAUUAUAUUGCAGCCGCGUGAGAGUAAGGAUGAAACGGCGACGUUGAAUGAAGGUGUGGAGGUUGUGUACCGUUAUGGAGUGGAUGCAUUUCCAUUUACAAAGGAGAGAUUGGAGCAGUUGAAGGAAGAGGAUAGAGAAAAGGAAGAAAAUCAGACUUUGGUCACUUUGUUAACAAAUAACUAUAGAGAUCAUCUCUUGGCUCAUCCUUUCCCUAAACAGGUGCCUGUUGUUUCAUUAGUAGGUAAGACUAUUGGGCUCUACUUCUCGGGGAAAUGGUGUCUUCCCGGUAUGUUCACGCCAAAGCUGAUUUCGGUGUACAACAAGAUAAAGCGAAUGGUAGAGAUGAAAGAAGACGAAGAUUUCGAGAUUGUUUUCGUGUCAAGUGAUCGAGACGAAGAUUCAUUCCAUUCUUAUUUUGGUUCGAUGCCAUGGCUAGCAUUGCCAUUUGGAGACCCAAUGAUCAGAGAACUUGCCAAACAUUUUGACGUGCAAGGCAUCCCUUGUUUGAUAAUCUUAGCUCCAAAUGGCAAAACAAUCACCAAACAAGGUAGAAACUUAAUAAACUUGUACAGAGAAAACGCUUAUCCGUUCACGGAAGCAAGAUUGGAAGAGUUGAUAAAAGAAAUGGGGGAAGAGGCAAAAAAGCUUCCAACGUCGGUGCGCCAUGUCGGGCAUAGACAUGAGCUGAAUUUGGUGUCGGAAGGAAACGGGGGAGGACCUUUCAUUUGCUGCGAGUGUGAUGAGCAGGGCUCGGGAUGGGCGUAUCAGUGCCUUGAAUGUGGAUUCGAGGUGCAUCCAAAGUGUGUCAAGACGAUCAACUGCAACUCUCCCAUCAAUGAAAGGUGAUGUGGAUUGAGCUAUAAUUGCUUGGUUAUUUUAUUAACUCAUCUUUCUUUCUAAUUUAUAACCUCUAUCCAAGUACACAGAAUCUUCUGCAGCUUGAGAACAACUUGAGAACAAUUUGAUCUGUAAAUUAUUUUAGUGAGGGAUUUACUAAUUCCAUUUUCAAAUGAUUAUGGGUGGAUCAUAAUGUCUUUGUGAA